UUUCCCAGCAUGCGCUUAGAAGGCAAGAUGGCGGCUGCCAGAUGUAAUGUUUUAAACGGGAGAGACAGGGACGGUCCGUGAAAGAAAUGGAGGAGACUUCAGUAUUUCUGCUGUGCCUGACGUCCAGCAGCGGGGUGCCGCUGUACUGCAGGAGCAAGGGCAGCAGCAGGCAGCUGACAUUUUCUGUUAUUGGAUCACUAAAUGGCGUGCACAUGUUUGCCAAUAAUCAGGACAUUCUUUUAACAUCUACAUGCACUGACAACAGCAGGGUGGUGUGGAGAUCCUUCCAUGAUAGCAUCAACCUAAUUGUGAUGUCCUGUGAAAACACGGCCAGCGACUUCUCAUUGAACAGGCUACUGGAGAAUGUCUUCAGCGCCAUGGUUCUUGUGAUUGGCUUGGACGACCUUGUCAAUAUAAAAAACGUGGAACGUUUGAAGAAGGACCUAAGGGCAUGCUAUAAGUUAAUUGACAGCUUCUUAACAGAAUCCGAGAAGAUAGCCGACCUGACGCAAUGUGUGGAUUGUAUCAUUGCUCACGAUGUAGCCAUUCUUCAGGAAUGUCUUGAUGGUUUCACCCGAGCUGCGGAAAGUGAUUUUGGCUGCCUUAUGGCUGGAGGAAAAGUGGUCGCAGCCACGGAAAAGUGGUGGAGGCUGGCAUCUCAAGAUGUGAUGCUUCUGUGCUGGUUGGUAGCCACUUUGUCUCCUCAUUCAUCUCGAGAUUACCCUGUCUACCUGCCUCAAGGGAGCCCCACAGUUCCUCACCGACUGCUCACCUUUCAGCUGGUUCCUGGAGUCGAUGUGUGUCUACUUUGCGGCCCUAGUCCUUCUUUACACAAGGUGGAGUCAGAGCUGGUGGAGAGGUUUUGGAAACCAGUUGUGGAUCCACUGAAGGCCUGCUUAAGAGUCCAGCUAAGAUCAUUUCCAUCCUCCGCCCCUAUUCAUCAUGGGAUUCUGGGACUUUUGCUAGUGAACCGGGACCUGAAUAAAACCUUGUACACUGUGCAGGUUCAUCCCAUGGAAGACAUGCAGAGAACAGAGCCGAAGUUUACUUUGGAGCAGCGCCGAGCAGCCCUUCGAUCUUUUUAUACAUUUGCUCUUUCUCGUUACUUUAGCCCUGAGAACGGGGAUGAAAAAAACAUUCCUUACGAGGAGGUGUUCGCGUCAGGCUUCAGUCACCAUGCCCACCAGUGCUACACCGUAUCCAGUUCCCACAAAUGCUACGCAAUUAAAUCUGAGCUGCACUUGCUUUUUCUAAUAUUCAAGCCCGAGGUACCUACAUUCAGCAUGCCGACGAUUGCUAACAAAACCCUGCACGUAUUCACCAGGGACUUUCCCUUCUGAGGUGUAUACAGGCAUUGGACAGGAUCUGCAUCCUUGUGCUUGCCAAACCCACGGAACCCUUUCACCUUUUAUUUGAAGACACUAUAAAGGUCACUUUGAUUUCGUAAAGAGUCGCAGCUGCUUGCAUCAUAAGUCGUUGUUCAAACGACACCUGUUUUCCAUAUGUCAGUAAUCACCUGCAUAUUUAUUUAACACACACGCUGAAAGUGAUAGACCCUGUACCAGAGGUUCAUGACAAACUCAAGUUGUAUUAAGGUGCAUAACGCUGCUAAGCAGAGCUAGAUUUGUCACCGAGCCUUUUGUUCUAUCCAGCAUUUAGAUGGGGAUGUACAGUAUUAGUGUGAAAAAAUUGCAAUCUUUUUGUGCAGCUGUUACGGAAAAACUGAGGUGCCUUUAAAUAAAUUGUGCCGUUUUAUGAUAGCAAAAAAUAUUCAUGUAAGAACACCCUAAAACAACAUGAGUCAUCGAAUGUGUCAUCAGAAAAUGACCUAUUGUUUAAGACUACUUUCACACUAGCGUUUUAGUUUUCCGGUAUUAAGAUCCGAAAAACUUCACUGCCUGUAUAGAUACUAAAACUAAAAAAUGUGUUAUUUUUAGUUUUAGUAUCUAUACAGGCAGUGAAGUUUGACAACAUUUUAGAUACGUUACCAACAUAUCGCUUUGUUAUUCAGUGAUUUCUCGGUAUUGAGAUCCGUCAUAGGGGCUCAAUACCGGAAAAAAAACGCUUCAGUUUUGUCCCCAUUCAUUGUCAAUGGGGACGAAACUGAACAGAACAGAAUGCUCCAAAUGCAUUCCGUUCCGUUUAGUUGCGCUCCCAUUCCCAUAUGUUGUAUUUUGCCUUCCGUCCUGGGUUGCAGAGCAAGACGGAUUCGGCAUGACCCCCAAUGCAAGUCAAUAAGACGGAUCCGUUUUCU